GAGGUGGUGAAGCUGGUGCAAAGACAGGCUGAGAGAAGAGGGAGAGGAUAAGAAAGAGGGAAGCUAAGUGUGAGGAUUCUGGUAGUAUUGCCAAAGCGAUGGAAAGGAGAGGAGAGAGGAGGUAGUACGGGAUCUGUGAGCAUCUUGUUUCUCCAGUCGAGAGAUCUGCUGCUGCUAUUUACUCAAGACCCCGGGGACGGAUGGAUGCUUACACAAAUAAAUACCAGCAUAAUUGACUUGGUUCUGCAUGAGGGACUUAAAUUGAACGCUCCUUCGUGUUGGGUCUGUACAAAGACACAGAGCAGGACUAAAGCAGGAUGUGGUAUUGCUUGCAUUCGUGCCUUUAUGAAUGUGUGUUUGUGGGCAUAACAGGUGCUCUCAGGUGAGCGAGGCUAACUUGAAACCAACCUGUAAACUGACUCCCAUCACACCACCGCGUGCCUACGUUUGUGUGAGAGGUAGCUGCAAACUGUGCGUAAAUAUCUCUGUAUGUGUAGCUGAGAAUGCCCAGGUGCGUACACAGCACGGCCUGUUUGUGACAUUCACACACACACGCAUGACAGGAGGAAGUGACACGUCUGUGCUCGCGCUUGCAUUUCCUGGUCCUCUCUCCGGUAGCUAUACCAAAGUGCCGAACUGGAGCCGAGUUCACCUGUUUCGCCCUCAAAAGUGGGAUUUAAAGCCUCUGGAUGCAUCAGCGCAGGAGUGCGGACUUUUUCUGGAUGAGUAAAGGACAGUUGUUUGCGUGUAGACUCUGACUGUGACCAAGUGUCACUUCAAGAAAACCCAUCGCUUCCUCAAGCUGUCAACGUGCUGCUCUGGUGCUCUUCUGGUGCCAGUGGCUGUCCUCGGACCUCUCCAUGACCGUCAAUACAGUGCUGACCCCCUCCAUGACUAGCAGUAACAGCAUGAGCAGUGGGUACUGCAGCCUGGAUGAUGAGAGCGAGGACUUCACUUUCUUCACGGCCAAGACCUCGUUCUUCCGCAAGCCCAAGCAAGCAGCUAAGCAGAAUGAAGCAAAGGAAGAAUUGGAGAGAGCGACAAAAGAACUGUCAGAGGAAGACGUGCGGGCCAAGAUUGAAGAGUAUAACGCUCAGGUCACGGAAAAUGGAAUGAAAUGGGCUUCAGACGGAUCUUACACAGGCUUCAUUAAGGUCCACCUGAGGCUCAGUCGACCAGUCACCGUCCAUGGCUUGGACCAGGCGGGGUCAGAGGCCAGCGGCCGCCUCCGAACACCGUCAGAGGAGCAGGAGGCAACAGACUGUGGGCAUUCUGAGAAAAGAACAUCCUUCUAUCUACCAUCCGACAGCGUGAAGCAGCUCCACAUCAGCUCUCAGACCACCACCGGAGAGGUCAUUAAGGGCUUGCUGAAGAAGUUCAUGGUGUUGGAUGAUCCCCGCAAGUUUGCGUUGUACAGGCAGACGCAUCGCGACGGACAGGACCUGUUCCAGAAGCUUCCUCUGUACGAGCGCCCUCUUCUUCUGAGAUUGAUUGCAGGCCCGGAUACAGAGCAGCUCAGCUUUGUCCUUAAGGAAAACGAGACCGGAGAGGUGGAGUGGCACGCAUUCUCAGUCCCCGAGCUUCAAAACUUCCUGGUAAUCCUUCAGAAAGAGGAGGCGGAGCGCAUACGAGCAGUGGAGCAAAAAUACGCCGUUUACCGAAAUAAACUACAGCAGGCCCUCCAACGACACGCCCCCUGACCCCCCCCCAUCACCCGCAACAUCAUGACUUUAACCCAGGGAGAGACUGACCCUUUGAACCCUUCGAAAUCUGUUCAGAGAGCGGAGCUCGAGCUGAACUUGUCUUUGAGCUUCAGAUAUACACGCAAACAUGCGCACAUGUCACACGUGGUUGCAUAGCCUUUCUCAGGACGCAUACGAGCCCCUCCCACCACCGCAGCCACCCAUACGUUGCCUCCCUGUGAAGAGGAUCGGGAGUCAAAAGCACUGUAAAAAAGCUACAGAGUGUGUGCUGUCUUCUAGCUGAUGAGACAAGUAGUGCCAAGGACACAUACACACACACACACACACACACCCAUGCACACAGAGAAAAAGUUCUGUACUGUAACUUGAGUUGAGACCGAUAUGAAUAAGUGGUGUUUGUAAAGAUUCCCUCUUCUUCUGCUACUGCUGCUGCUGCUGCUACUGCAAGUGUUACUUAUGCAUGAGUCUCUCAGCUCAUCUUCCCUGCACAUAGAGUUAGGAUUAAAACAGAAGGCAUGAUUACUUUUUUCUGCAUCACGCUGGGAUGGAAGGACAAUCAUACCAUGUUGUUCCUGGAAAUGAUGUAUCAGUUAUCAGCAGAUGUACUAUUUUUUUUUUUUUCUGGAUUUGAAAGGGAGGUAUUUUAGGGUUGGAGCUGAAGUACUGGAAAUCUGUGCUUCUCCAUAACAAAGGGUGGGAAUCAGAAUGAAGGAAGCGCUUGUUUUGAAAUCUCCGAACAAGCAUAAGAAAGUGAGAUCCAUUUUCUGCUUUUUUCUCAGGGAGCAUGUAUUGGGAACAGAGAAAAUCUAAAGGAGGAAAGAUAGACCUGUUCCUCCUAGAACAACCUUAUUUUAGCCCCUGUUUAUCUGUUCUUAUGUGCUAACUUAAACGUGUAAAGACUUGAAGACAUAUGUAAGUCAGGUGCUUCUUCAAUCACGGCACCCCACUCCAUGCUCCUCCAAACACGCGCAUAAUCCCAACCUGUUCCAAGAUGAUAACUGUGAUAUCAUUUCCAGUUCCCCCUCUUACUUUAAAGCCCAAUCAAACUUGCAUGAAUUCCACUUGCGAACUGCAUGAACCCCACCUGCGGAGGAAGCCUACCGAGGGAGGCAACCCACAAACCUUUACGGAUACACUUUACGUACACUGUUGGGGUUGCAUUUAAAUGUUACAGGAAUUUUACACCAAAGCUUCGAGGAGCACAUCUAGCGAGAUGAUUUUAAAGGGAUUACAGACAAAAGUUUGUUGAAUUAAAGAUGGUGUAUGUAAAAAAAAAAAAAAAGAUUCUGUUUUGCACAUAGAUGCAGGUCACUGAAAGGCCCACACAUGUGGGGCUGGGCAUGCAUUUAGGCUUUCUUUAAUCCCCCUGCCUCCAACCUAAAAAAAAAAAAAAAGGAAAGAAAAACAUAUAAAGUUCAUAAACAUGGCUAUGAUGUACCAAUGAUGUGUUUGCAAUGCAUAUGUAUUAUGUAGACACUGGAAAAAGAGUGACAAGAUUGAACUUUGUUGUUAUUAUGAAUAUUUUGGGGUAUCAUUCCUACUGGUUGGUGUGUGUGUGCGUGUGCGUGUGUGUGUGUGUGCCUGCGUUCAUUUGAGGCGAUGAGGCUAACGUGAGUAAUGUUUUAAAAUGAGUGUGUGUGUGUGUGUGUGUCAUCAGCGCGCCCUCACUGGGCCUCGCCUGUGAAGCAUUGAGUGCAUCCUAACUGCAGAUUAGCAGACUGAGUGUGUGCAUCACAGAAUACAUUCAACAAAACUCUUCACGAGUUUUUGUUUGGUUUUUUUCAUUAAUUCCAUAAAAGUACUGAUACUUGAGGCCUGUUGUCCAUGAGCACAUGCUUCUCCCUCCCUCUCUCUUUUUUUUUCUUUUUCUUUAACCACCACCACCCAAAGCCCGAGCUGUUCCUGCUGGCAGUGCCUUUUGUUUCAUGUGCCCCUGUGAGUCUGUGUAAGGUGUGUUUCAGCACACAGGUGCCUGAGUCAUGCGUGUGGGUGUUUUUGCAUGUGUGCAAAACCCGUGUUCCUUGGGUGGUGCUGCUUCUCUCAUUUUUCUCUCCUGUCCUGUAACACUCAUGUCGUCCCACCAAACCC